GUUCUUUUCCCUUAAUCCCUCUUCACUCUCGUUCUCUUCUCUGCGCUCUAGGUUCUCUUCUUUCACUUUUUUUCCUUCCGUUUUCAAGUUCUCUAACUUCAACAUCAUGUGAAUCACUCUCCUCAUUUAGUUUGCAUACACGAUUCGUCUCUAUGGUUGACCCUUUUUCUCAAACCAUGAGUUUAAGCAAAAAUAAAGUUGUGGGGUGUGAAAGAAGAAACUUUGAAGGUCAGAGUGUUAUGAAAACUGUUAGGAAAAUGCAGAAUUUGGUUCAAGAGGAGAAUGUGAUUCUGACUUCUACUCAAACAACUCAUUCAGGAUUGAAGUGACUGCACAGAAGGGGGAGCUAGAGGAAUGACUUAUUUCAUGCAUUGUCACUUUAUUUAUGUUUGAAGUAUUUUGAAUUGGUUUAAAUGUGGCAUAUAUAAGUUUCUUUAUGUAACAAAUAUCAUCACUAUAGCUAAAUUAAACUCCCUUCCACAUGUUGUGCACUAGUAAGAUGUGUUUAUUACAAGUUUGUAUUUUCAAAUAAAAGUUUAAAUACCCAAG